CCAAGGCAAUGAAAAUGAACAGGAAAAUGUGAGGCGUCUCACAGAGCUGUGAAGUCACACCAGACUUUCCAUACCUCUGGACAGACACUCUGUGGGGACCAUCACGCUCUGGGGUGGUUGCGUCGUGCCGUCAGCGGGUUGCUGUGUUGCCGGGACUUCAUGCUUCUUCAAGUGCCAGGUGUUGUAACCUUGCUGUCUCUGAAGUAGGUCUUCAGGGCUGCAUCUGUUUCUGCUGAAGCUGCGUGGAGAAAUCCUGAAGCGUCUUGCAUGAAGAUUCCAGCUCUGCUGGGGGUACUUGGAGCUUCUGGGACAUUCUGCCACACCCAGGAAAAUGUCCAGCACCUACGACGAGUCCGCUGGCUUCGAUGAGACCACGGACAGCUUCUGGGAGGUGGGCAACUACAAACGCACCGUGAAGCGGAUCGAUGACGGACACCGGCUGUGCAAUGAUCUGAUGAGCUGCCUGCAGGAGAGGGCCAAGAUCGAGAAGAGCUACAGCCAGCAGCUGACCGACUGGUCCAAGCGGUGGAGACAGCUGAUUGAGAAAGGACCUCAGUACGGCACGGUGGAACGGGCCUGGCUGGCGCUGAUGACGGAGGCAGACAAGGUUAGCGACCUGCACCAGGAGGUGAAGAACGGGCUACUCAAUGAAGAUCUGGAGAAGGUCAGGAACUGGCAGAAGGACGCCUAUCACAAGCAGAUUAUGGGUGGCUUCAAGGAAACCAAGGAGGCAGAAGAGGGCUUCAAGAAGGCCCAGAAACCCUGGGCCAAGAAGCUCAAAGAGGUGGAGACAGCUAAGAAAGCGUAUCACAUGGCCUGUAAAGAGGAGAAACUGGCCUCCACCCGCGAGGCCAACAGCAAAGCCGAGGCCUCUGUCACCCCCGACCAGCAGAAGAAGCUGCAUGAGAAGGUGGACAAGUGCAAGCAGGAUGUGCAGAAGGCCAAAGAGAAGUAUGAGAAGUCCCUAGAGGAGCUGGACAAGUGCACCCCCCCAUACAUGGAGAGCAUGGAGCAGGUGUUCGACCUCUGUCAGCAGAUGGAGGUCAAGAGGAUCACCUUCCUCAAAGAGAUCCUACUGGACAUCAAGCGCCACCUCAACCUCACUGAGACCCAGUGCUACAGCAUGGUGUACCGUGACUUGGAGAGGACCAUCCUGGCUGCCAACACGCAGGAGGACCUCAAGUGGUUCAGCAACAACCACGGGCCGGGAAUGCCCAUGAACUGGCCCCAGUUUGAGGACUACAACCCAGAGCUCACUCACACCAUUGCCAAGAAGGUGAAGAAGCCCAACGAGGGGGUGACGCUCACUGGCAUAACGCCCGGGGGAGACCAGGGGGCAGGCGACCGCGGCAGCGUAAGCAGUUCCGAGAAGAACCAGGCGAGGGAGGCGGAUUGGUCCGACGACGAGCAGCCCACGGGCUACUCAGCCAACGACGGCAGCGAUGGUGCCAGCUGCUACGAUGAAGAGGCGGGGGGUGGCAGCAGGGGCCGGGCGGUGCGCGUGCGGGCGCUCUACGACUACGACGGCCAGGAGCAGGAUGAGCUGACCUUCAAAGCUGGUGAGGAGUUCACCAGGAUCGAGGACGAGGACGAUCAGGGCUGGUGUAAAGGUCGCCUGGACAGUGGCAAGACGGGCUUGUACCCAGCCAAUUACGUGGAGCCCAUCUAGCUUCCUGUGUGGAGGAGGACACCUGAUUGGAGGCAGCUGAGACUGUGUGGUCCAAUCAUAGCCAGGAACUGAGCAGCAACAUUUCCCCCUGCCUGACAAAAGCUCCAAGCCGACAUAAUCAAUCACAGCAUUAGCAAUUAAAAAAAGGUCUACUCUACUUUUCCGGUAUCAGCGACGCUUGGGGUGGGGGAGGGGUGUGGAGGGCUCGUACAAGUAUUUAAUUGACCACUUGUGAAUAUCAAAGCAAAUGCAAGGACUUGUUUUUGCAUCUUUGUGUAGCCGUGAUCGAUACGAGUUUCGUGCAGCUGUGCGUCCUGCUGUAAUGUGAGUAUCAUGUACCCAGUGUCGCCUGUUUCCACGGCGACGUGUGACUCCUGCAUGGGUCAUCCUGCCAAGCUGCAUUCCCUUCCUGUCACAUGGUUUCCCUCCCAUUAGCAUUGCAGGGGCCUUACCCUUCCUGGGGGGGGUGUUUGACCGUGGCUUGUCUGUCCUGGUUCCCAAGCGCACCUUACAGAGAUGGCACACAGCCCUCAUAAUGGGGGGGGGCAAGCAUAAUUGGUUCUAGCUGUUUUUGGAAACAGGCCAGUGGCCAUAGCUGUGAAAGGAGCCCCUUAGCUCCUCUUCCUCCUGCUCCUCCUUCUGUCCUCCUCUUCCACUCCCAUUUCCCCAUUUGCUUCCCAUUUGGGGGGAAGCUGGGGGGUUUCCUGAAGCCAAACUGAGCCCAUUAGCAUGGUCCCCCACCCCCCCGUAUAUGGUCAUUCCUCCUGGCCAUGCCCUGGUCACGUGUUCUCCAUGCCUGUGUCACACGUCACGUGUGAGCUGUGUGUGGGAGAAGCUUCAUCCACAUGCCCGGCAGGUAAACAUGCGAUCAGCACCUGCAGGAGACGACGCAGGGCCUCACAAACCAUAAUACACACAGCGGCACCUGACGCACAUCAUGCGAGCUAAAAGCUUGUUCUGCGGCGACUCUGUGCGUCACUGGGACCCUGUGACCCCAAGGGUUUGCUUACCAUCUCUCCCACCACAGUCCCUGUAAGUUUGUCCUCAAAAAUUCCAUUCUGCAAAAUGACAAAUUCACCGACAACACCUGAGGGAGCACAGACAAUAUCAUUCAUGCAAUAUAUAUGCAGUAACUAUGUUUAUGACGUAACACUUGUAUUUAUUUCAUUUUUCCCUAAUUCUGAGACUUAAAUCUUAAAUUUUUGAGCUAGAAACUUUAAGGAUAGGAUCAGACCUUAUUACAUUAUGUUUACUGUUUGAUUUCCAUAGUAGAUUAAGCUUCUAACUUAGCAGGAAAUUAACAUGGCGAUUGAUCAUGCCUGAGACUGUUAUUCUUAACAGAACCAUUAGCCUGCCCAGUGCGACCCCCCCCCCAGAACCGCAAGAGAAGGGUGUGGGGGUUAUGUUUGCAAUGAAAAAAGAGGGGAAGGCAGGAGGCCAUGAUCCUCUGGGGAGGUGAGGGUGUACACGAUAUUUAUAUAUACAAUAUAUCAGGCUUAGUGGGGAUUUGAACACAUCACCAUCUGUCAGGGUAUUCGUCUUAGGAAAAAUCUUAAUAUAGUCGAUUCUAGGGACUCCCACCCUCGUUUAUACACAAACACUUACGCGCCUACUCUUUCUGGAAUAACACAUCGUCCUUACAUGUACAAACCGUGCACAUUUCGCGAGAGCAGAGACAUCUAUGUUACCAUCGGCAGAAAUGUGUCCGUUUGUGCAUGUGACGAAAACCGUGUAGAAGAGCAGCGGUGUGACGAAGGGACCCGUGUCCGACUCCAUCAUGUAUGUAUGUUAUUUUACUAGCGACGGCGGCAGAAUUGCGCUUUAUGACGUAUAUAUGGCGUAUGUAACUUAAAGGACAGAUUAUAUCGUAAUUGUAUAACUGUGUGAAGCUAACAAUGAAGUCGGAUUAUAAGUGAGCAUUUAAGAAAGGUGCAAACGUACAAAUACAUAUAUAUUUUUAUGCUUAUUUUUCUUCUGUUUGUCAGGGGUCGGUGGAGGCGAUAAAAUGUUGUGAAUACUAAAUUUUAUGAUUACAAAUGAAGUAUGUAUGUUUAGAUUUA